AUGGGGCUGCACACCUCCCCGCUACAAGAGCCCCAGGGCGCCCUGACGGGGAAAGGCCUUCAGGUGGGCAAACGGAGGCCGCGCGGGGAGACGCCAAAGGCCUUUUCCAGAGCGGCCUCCCAGGGGAGCCUUGAUCCCACCUGGACCGAUGCUUUCCUCUCCCUCCCUCCCGCUUUGCUGCGCCAGGACCCCAAAUACCCCGUGGAUAACCUGCUGCUGGAAGAAGAGCCGCAGCCCUGGCUCUGCUGCCCUUCCGAUCGCAGCCGGCAGCUGAAAGCGGAGUUGCAGCUGGAGCACGCCAGCUGCAUCGGCUACAUCGACGUGGGGAACUGUGGCUCUGCUUUCCUCCAGAUAGAUGUGGGGCGAUCCUCCUGGCCUCCAGAUCAGAGUUACCUCACUCUGCUGCCCACCACCACCUUGAUGGGCCCAGCAGACGCCAAACUGAACAAGAAUCGUUCUGGGGUCCGGAUGUUUAAAGAAGGGGACCUGCUGGCCUCAGCUAUGGCUGAGAAGUGGGAUCGAGUCCGGCUCAUCUGCAGUCAGCCCUUCAACAGGCACACCCAGUUUGGCCUCUUCUUCCUCCGCAUCCGCACUCCGCGGGAUACAGAGGACAGCCAAGCGGAUCCAGCCGCCUCCUCCCCUUGUCAGGCUUCUCCUGAGUCUCAAGCAAAGCCGUGGCCCUCCAGGGCAGCCUUUGGUGGGACAUUCUUCCCGGCAGGGCCGUCGCCUAGCACCGAGGAGGAAACGCUGCUCAAGAGUCAGCUGCAUCGGCUCGACCAGGCUUCCCACCACAAGGGGCUGAGCCCCCCUUGCCUGAGCCGCCCAGCCCGGCUGGUCCUGGAGGCUGCAGCCUCUGUCCGCAAGCGAGCCCCUCUCCUGCCAACUGGCUCUCCGCCACCCGCUGCAAGGAGUCGAAAGGCUGGGCGGGCCCAGCGUGCAGCCGAGCGCCCCAGCGCACCGGGGCCCAAACAGGAGCAGUCAGCAAGGAGCAGUCGCAUGAAAACGAAGAGAAGACCUGGGUCCCACAGCAGCAGGGGGAGACCUAGGAAUAGUUCUCGAAGGGUGGGAAGAGCCCACGGCCAGAGAGGAAAGCCACGGACCAGGGAAGAUGGAGAGGAGGAGGAGGAGGAAGAAGAGAGCAUGUCCGGAGAAGGAGAUGCUGCGCUGGGCACCUGCCCAAUCUGUGCUGGUCGUUUCCCUGCCCAGGUCUUGCCAGUUCAUGCCUCUGGCUGCGGAGAAGAGGUGGGCACGGCGAGGGCUUCUUCAUCGCCCCUGUGGGAAGCCUGGGUGGACUGCCCCAUCUGCCAAGUCUCUUUUCCUGCCUCCGAGGUGGAGGGCCAUGCGAGCAGCUGCGGUGAAGACGCUUAGCCAUGGAUCCCUUCCACAUCCCCAGAGAUGAGGGCGGAAGGCAUCGGCUGCACCCGGUCCCCAGUGUCCAACGUUAGGGAAGGGCUGGGAGUCGCCCGGCGGACGCCCCAUCAAGCUCUGAGGCCUUGUGGAUUGAAUGCACAGCACUGGGGAGAACGCAACAGUUGGAGAGGUUGAAUCAAUUCCAAACCUCUUCGGGGGCAUCAGAGGUGCUGAACUGAGCUCUGUGAGCCCCAAAUCAUCCGCCAUUUGUCUCUGAGGGGGACCUCAAGCACGGUGCAGUUACUAAGGGGGGUUUUCUGAAACCUUGUGGUGUGAUUCAUUUGGACAUUUCAAACUUCCAAAUAUUUAGGAGGCUAACAUGCCAGCACGAUAUAUUGCUUUUCUUUUGAGUGGGGAGAAGAGGGUGUGAUUUGAUUCGUGCCUUCCAUUUUCUGUGGGGGUGGGUUUGUAGGCCGUAAUCAGGAAGGCUCAGAACAGCUGCUGUUGCUCUGCCCCAAUGGGACGAAAGUGGCAGGGCUGGGAGGUCCUUUAAAGGCACUCGGGGCUGCCAGCCUUCAGCUUCGUGCCCCCCAGGUUGUGCUGCAUUCAGCAUGAGGCAUCCUCCUUGCCCUCUUGAAGUGGCGAUGGCAGGAGUGAGGGGAGGGCAGCCCUGCAGCCUGAAAAUUGUCCAAAGAACCCGAACUGGUCACUGAAAGAACGUGGCGAGGCAACAUUUUCAAAACCUGUAGAAAGUUGCUUUCCUGGAGCUUGUGUGUUCUGAGCAGAUGUGCUUGUGGCUUUUUGGCAGCGCUGAACAGGGGCGGGAGAAGCUGCCUGGUGCACUGAGACAGGUGUGCCGUGGAGAAGAGGGCUGUCACAUGGGGAAUUGCACACGUGGCCUUGCCGCCCACUUCUUGUUAACGCAGCAUUUGGGGCGGUGCCUUGAAGGGUUAGCCUCAGCCUGGCACUGAUUCUUCCCUUGUUCAUCUGUAAACCUCCCCCAGUGUUGCAGAACUUAGCGUAAGAUUUGGCCCAAGGCUGCCCACUCAGGAGCUGAGAGCAGAACUUUGCAGCUGUGCUGUGGGACCGGUAGACAAGGGAAGCCAAGUGGGAGCUGGUGGCCAGGCCCUUCAGGACGUGGAGGGCUGAGCCCCUGGAGGGAGCCCAAAGAGUGUUAGCCUUGCCACUUUGAAGGAGCUCAAACAGCCAGAAAGUUCGGGAGGAUAAUGCGUCUCGUUCGUCAUGCUGGAGGGCCCAUUGUGUAAUAUCUGCAGUGCUGCGUUGCCUCCUGCAACCCCAGAACCUUUGCAGCCCUCGGCUUCCAAGCGGGUCCCCACUUCACCUGUAAUGCUGCUUCAACAGACUGGAAUGAAUCUUUCUUGACUUGAGGAAGCCCUUGGAGGGCUUUGCUGCUUACCUGGACCUCAUGAAGGAGAGAAACUUAGGAUAAUUUGAGAAUUAAAACGGCAGUAAGAAUCCGUCCAAGAAUUCUUCAGGUGAAGUCUUGCCACACAAUUGUCAUAUAUCUGAGCUCCCCAAAGCCUUUGCAAUGGUAUGUCUGCUCACCCUCUGCUUCAUGUAGCAGUCAACCAUUUGGGGAGCCCGUGAGCUCCUUGGAGGACUGCAACACAUGAGUGAAUGUCUUUUUGUUUAGAGAAUUGGCACGGCCACCCAUCUGAUGUACAUAACCUGGGUGGGUAAUGGUCAAUGGAUUGAUUACGUGCCAUCAAAUCUAUUAAAAUGUAUUUAAUAAAACCUCUAAUUGCAAAA